UCAGUGAGACAGAAUGAAUCCGCUGGUUCUCUGCAGUCGGAUGAUUCAGGAAAAUCACAGGAGGGGAAGGACUACGUUUCCCUCUCACAGACAUAAAAAGGCAAAGAAGAAUGACCCUUUCCCUCUCGGGGGUAAUUGCCAUCAUCAUCGUCAGUAACUGUGGUUUAAUUUUUCUGCUGAAGUAUUCUACAAGACCUAUACAACUGGAUUAUACUUCUUGGUGGUUAUAAUAGUGGAUUAUUAAACAUUAUUGUGGGUGUCAUUAACCCAUACGUGGUAAAACUGGAUUAUUUGCCAUGGUUACACAAACAAGAACUGGGCUGAAUUGGAUUUGAAAAGAACAACUGUGAUUUUUAAGUUGAAUGUCAGACUCUUCAUCACCAAAGAUUCACGACUGGAUUCCUCAUCACCGUGGUAACUAUUUACUGGACAUUCUACGGCUGACUCCACCAUGCUGUACUUCCAGGUGGUGAUUUUGGUGGCUAUGGUGAUGCUGGUUUACUACUGUGAGUUCACUGACACUUUCAGUCCAGCACAGCAGGGCUUCCUCUGCAGAGACCCAGCUUUAACCAAACCAGAUCCUGGACCUGAACAGCUCAGCCUCAUCCAGCCUGUAAUAAUGUACUCUGUUGUGGGUGGGCUGCCUGUUGUACUGAUCUCAGGUGUAGAGCUAAUUAUCUUCCUCCUUCACCACAACUCAAACAACCUUUACGACCAAGACAAGGUCGUUGUCAUGGGUGACUGUUGCUAUGUGAACCCAAUGGUGCGCAGGACUGUCCGUUUCCUUGGUGUGUAUGUCUUCGGUCUGUUCACGACAGACAUCUUUGUCAACGCAGGUCAGCUGGUCACAGGAAGUCUGGCUCCUUAUUUCCUGUCUGUUUGCCAGCCCAAUUACACUGCCCUCAGCUGCCAGGACACGGCGCACUUUGUCAGCCAAUCAGAUGCCUGUACUGGUGACCCUGAGGACAUCAUGAGAGCCAGGAAGACGUUUCCCUCCAAAGAGGCUGCACUAAGUCUGUACACAGCGGUUUAUCUGGCAGUGAGUAGCUCACAGAAGUUUAUCCUCACCACUGCUAAACACAGUAUACCCUCACCUUCCUAUAUAACCCAGACCUUAAACAGUGUCACUGAAAUUCUGCAGUAUAACCUUUGUUUGCAGAUGUACGUCAUGUCCUGCAUUGGUACCAGCGGAGGUCGACUGACCGGCCCCCUCCUCAGUCUCUCAUUGGUCAGUCUGGCUGUGCUGACAGGCAUCAAUAGAGUGGCCGAGUACAGGAACCACUGGAGUGACAUAAUAGCGGGACAAGUCAUCGGGGGAGCUAAUGCUGUCUUUCUUGUGGUGUUUGUGGUACAGUAUUUUAAGAAGAGACCUCGCAUUCCACACAGUCCUUCUGACGCUGGCACAUCUGACACUGAUGAGGCAUCAUCUCAAACUUAUCCCACCAUGGAAACCAGUGGCAAAGAUAAUGCUGCACAGAGCCCAGGGACUUGCACAGAAGUCACAUGACUAUGACUCCCACCCCACCGCAUGACGAAGAUGAAAUGGACAAGACUUCAAACAUGGACCUUUAUAAAAUCACGUUUUAGGGUUUCUACUCUCUUUUGUUUAGAACAUUGAUAAUCAAGUGGAUUUUGAGCUAUGACUAUAAUUACUGCAAACAAGCAGUUAGUGCAUAUGUCUGCUUUAUGAUGCAUGACAGACAGAGGGCGCUGUUAGUUCAGAGUGGAUAAAAAAAAGUUGCACAGGUUUGUUGCAAAUGUGCAAUUGCAGUAAAGUGGUAUAAUCCAGUGUAAAUGGUAAUACAUUUAACAAUACCACUGGGCUCAGAAAAAAAGCUCCUUUGUCCAAAUUUCUGAAUGUCAUUAUACCAUUGUGUAUGAGAGGUUGAUGCUAUACUGUAAAUCGUGUCUUUAUGUCUAAUAUAAUAUCCAGUAAUACUGUGUAUUUUACAUCAACGAAUAUAGUAGUAUCUACAGGUUACAUUAAAAGCUGUGUGAAAUAAUGUAAAUACAUUACGUCUCUGGUUAACGUCUCCAGCAGCAGAGUAUGAGUAAAAAUAUUAGUUGAUAUUCUUUGUUCCUAUAUAUGAAUACAUCCAGGUUCUGUACAUUUUUUUUAACACACCUUCCCUGACAUCCCAAGAUGGUUGUCUGGUUCCAUAUUUCCUUAAUGUGUUGUGAUUAUAACAUAUACAGUGUCUUGUUAUACCAUGAAUCUUAGUUUUGUUUUAGUUUGUUCAAUACUGAGAGUCAAACUACUUUUGACACCACAAACAAUAAGCUGUUGAAUAUGUGUAUUCUGCAAACAAAUAAUUAUGUUUUAUUUAUUUUUAAUAUUGUGCUUCAAAAGAAAUUUUAAUGACAAAAUGUCUCAUUGUCUUUCGUUCUCGAGUGGGUCAAUGAAUUAGUAUCUAUCGUGAGAAAUUAUAAAGUAGUCUCCUAUUUCACAGCUGGGUUUAGACCUAUGGUUCAGACCAGCAGUGGCAGUGGGGUGACGUAGUUCUCUUGUCCUGUAUCAAGAUAAAAGAUUGUGAUUUCAGAAUACUACACCCCUUAUAUCUGUAUUGUUGAAUUGGCAGUAUUGUUACAAUAUUUGUACAGAUGUAAAUAUUACUUGAGUUUAAUUUCUUUAUAUAUGAUAAUGAUCUAUACAGGUACACAUGUUUUGAGGUGUUACAGCUAUAGACGUAUUUUAAGAUUGUGUCAAGUGUUGUCUUCUUCCCUGGAAUUUCUGUUGAUGAUUUUCGUUAGUUUCUGUGAUGUUUAGAUGAGAAAUAAAAAAAAUGAGAAAGAUUAUGAAAAUGAAAAUUGUCAGACAAAAUUUACAGGUGAGGGGUGUGACAUCAACAGAACAGUCGUAAUGUACCAUGUAGUUAUUCUUAAGGAUUGUAGAGUAGCAGAAAUCUGAGCUGUGCUGUA